UGUAGGGGACGAACGCAGCACCUUGAUUCCUCUCCUCAACUCUCCUCAGAAGCGACUCGUGUAUGUUGACAGGACCACACUCCACCUUUUGGAAGCAAAAAUAAGAAGGCUGUCAGUGUUGAAGUGGCGCGUGAGGUUGAGUACCGUUAAGGAACUGGAGGCCGUAUUGGACUUUCAGCGGGACCAUUUGGGAAGUGCUGGUGAAGGUGGCGGCGGUGGCAGCAGUUGUGACGCAAUGCUGGCCUGGCUUGCUUUGCUGCUGAUAGAGUUUCUGAGGCCAGGAGCGCAAGGCAACUUGUUGGACAGCAUGCUGUUGAGGAAUGCCUGGAAGAGGGAGUCGCAGCGAAGGGCCGACAAGAACAACGACAGCGGUAACGCAGUCACUGUCAAGGUCCAAAACAUGCUGUGGUGUCACUGCAACCAGCACUGCCCUGAAGACUCUGCUAACAACAGUUGCAUGACGAAUGGUUACUGCUUCACAAUGGUGGAGGAGGAAGAGGAGGGAGGUCUGCUCAUAUUCACAUUGGGCUGCUUGGGCCUGGACGGAUCGGAGUUCCAGUGCAGAGACAUGUGGAAAAAUCGCUUCAGGAGAUCUCUGGAGUGCUGCACAGAUCAUGACUACUGCAACCGCAACCUUCACCCUACUCUUCCUCCCUUGCGUACUACAGAUUACACGAACAGCAGUGUCCAUUACUUGGUCCUCCUGAUCUCUAUCACAGUUUGCACCAUAUUUCUCAUCAUUGUUCUCAUCAUCUGCUGCAUCAGAUACAGGCGUCAGGAUUCUGAGCCGCGUUAUAGCAUCAACCUAGACCAGGACUACUCCUACAUUCCUCCUGGGGAGUCACUCAAGGACCUCAUCGAACAUUCACACAGCAUUGGCUCUGGCUCGGGCUCAGGGCUCCCCCUACUGGUUCAGCGCACAAUCGCCAAGCAAAUUCAGAUGGUGAAGCAGAUUGGUAAAGGGCGCUACGGGGAAGUGUGGAUGGGCAAAUGGCGAGGCGAGCGAGUGGCCGUCAAAGUGUUCUUCACCACCGAAGAAGACAGCUGGUUUAGAGAGACUGAAAUCUACCAGACCUUCCUCAUGCGACAUGACAACAUUCUGGGCUUCAUAGCAGCUGACAUUAAGGGCACGGGCUCGUGGACGCAGUUGUACCUCAUCACAGACUACCAUGAGAACGGCUCGCUUUACGACUACCUCAGAUGCAAUACGCUGGAUGCUGGCGCUCUGAUCAAGCUGGCAUACACUUCUGUAUCGGGCCUGUGCCACCUUCACACCGAGAUCUACGGCACGCAGGGCAAGCCAGCCAUUGCCCACCGAGACCUCAAGAGCAAGAAUGUCUUGGUCAAGAGGAAUGGCACGUGCUGCAUUGCAGAUCUCGGCCUGGCUGUCAAGAUGAACAGUGACACCAAUGAGGUGGAUGUGCCGCCCAAUCUGCGAGUGGGCACCAAGCGCUACAUGCCCCCUGAGGUCCUGGAUGAGACUUUGAACAGGUCUUACUUCCACUCCUUCAUGAUGGCUGACAUGUACAGCUUUGGCCUCAUUAUGUGGGAGAUGGCACUACGCUGCAUCACCGGAGGCAUUGUGGAGGAGCACCAGCUCCCAUAUUAUGACCUGGUAGUCUCGGACCCCACCUAUGAUGACAUGAGAAAGGUGGUCUGUGUCCAGCAGCAAAGGCCGGCAUUCGCCAACCGUUGGGCCAGUGAUGAGUGUUUACAUCAGGUAGCAAAACUGAUGUCGGAAUGUUGGGUGCACAAACCCGCUGCCCGCCUCACCGCCUUGAGGGUGAAGAAGACCCUCGCCAGGAUGUUGGAGUCUCAGGACAUCAAGCCGUGACUUGCAUAAGAAAGAACCACACUACUAAAACACACUGGAAAAAGGCAGGAGUCGACCUUACCUUUGGGUCGGUCCGACUGUGCUUUCUGUGAAAGCUGAGUGGCUCUCGAGUGGAGCUGGGAGGUGCACUAACCACAUCCUCUAAAUGUGUAGAGCAGUAUUUGUAUGUGCAGUCUUUUGUACUGUUGAUUUUGUCUGGCCAGAGAACACAAUCCUCAGUGACCUCAUUAACUCAUUGCCUGCCAUUGACAAUGAUAGAUGUCAAAUUUAAUUUAAACUGGGAGGACUGGCUGUAAAUGCUCAUAUUUCAGUGCCAUUGACAGCGCGACACGUCCAACCCAUUUUGACUGGGAAAAGUUGACAGCAAUUAUUCAGUGUUAUUAUAAUUAUUCGCUGUCACCCACUCCCAGUUAAAAUAAAUUGGACGUGUCGCUCUCUCAGUGGCAGCCAUUGAGUUUUGAUCAUUUGUUCAUGGAUUAUUAUUAGUUGAAUUAAAUUAAUUAAAACAAUUGCUCGCUUUUUUGUGAGUGCUGCAUUUGUACCUAAAAAAAAAAUUGAAUUAUUUUUGGUCAGUGUAUUUAUCUAUACAUAAUAAGUACGAGUGAAUUGUACCAGGAAAACAGGCCAAAAAUAUACCUGUAAUACAGAUGUUUGUACAGCCAGCAAUCAGCCAAAGAACACUGCAUGCAUGUACUUUUGCAAAAAAACAGACCAUUUCCAAAUAAAUAAUUUCUAAAAAAUAGAAUAUGGAAAAGCAUUUCCAUUAUAAACCUAUCCAUAAUACUAUUUCAUGUCAAGUUGUGAAUUAGCAAAAAACAAACUUUUUGUCAGUGUUGCAUAUAAAUAUAAUUUAUUAUUAGUUUUAUAAAUCAUAUUUUCUUACACUUUAUACAAUUGCGUUGCCGGAUGAAAUUGGAGCACCCGGUGAGGGGUUUCGUUUGUACAAGUUGGCAUCAUGAAGCCGUGUGUCAAAGUAACCAAAACAGGCCAUUCCAAUAAGGGCAUAUAGUACAUAAAAAAAAAAAAAAAAAUGCCACUUUUGCAUAGACAGCUUCGGACCCAAAAAUACUUUUUAAAAAUCACUUGCAAAUAUUACUAAUAAUGAUAUCAUUAUCGUUCCUUUUAGUUUUCAUCCCACCUUCUCAACUGAACCUCAUGUUCCAUUUCAAAUAUUUGGCAAAAAGCAACUGUACUCUUUACAUUUGGUCCUAGAAAAAUAGAUAUAUUUUAUGUACGAAUACAUCCACCUUUCCCUUCAAGUCUCCUUUAUCACAACGUACGAAUAAUCUUAAGAAAAAUCUACACCAUAAACCUUCAUUUAAGCCAAAUGCUUAUAUGAAAGUCUGCAACCAAUGAGCAAUAAUCAUACAAAACAAACAAAGGAGUAAAGCAUAAAAGGGAUUAUUAUUCUGCGUAUUAAAUACUAUGUUAUCACAGGAUGAGUCCAUUUGCAGGGUUGCCAUGGAGAUCAAACGCAGAGAUUCUUCCGCUAGGGGAUUAAUUCUGGCGAAUGAGCUGAGGCCUGUUUCCACAGUGACGGUGUUGUUGUCGACCCCUGCCGCUCUUUCGAUAUGGUUAUCAGUGGUCUUUGGUAGCGGGCAGGAGACCGUCGUGGCGUCCCAUUUCCUCCAGGACUUGGGCCAGGUGACUCAGGUUGCCGUCAGGGAAGUGCUGCGCCUCCCACAGGUCUAAGAUGACCCCCGUUGGGCUGGACUUGGUGGCGAAGUAGUUCAAAUACCUGAAAAUGGAGCAAAAACCCGAAAAAAAAAUAUGGAAUUUAGACAACAUUUCUGAUGGAAGAGUCAUUCAAAAUUGUGUCAGGUGGACCUUAGUGCCAUUUGUUUUUAUGCAUUACUCGAGUAACUGAGGUAAAUUGUUGAAGAAAAGAUGAAAAAAAGCUGGCUGUUUGCCGUCCAUUCAGUCAGGGGUCUCAUCUUUGUGCUUUAUGAUUUCUGUGCUGCUAGUGAUAAACCCCCCCCCCCCCCCCCACCACCUCUGCUGGGAAGCCUUCAAUAUACAUACACAUCCAUCAAAGACAAUUUUUGAUUGAAAAGAAGGCAUAUCUGUCUUGAGUUGAAACACACUUCAACUGACGAUUCAAAAAUUAGGUCAGG